UGGAGAGAGAGGCUGUGUCCCAAACGGCACCCUGUUCUGUAUAGUGCAUGACUUUUGGGACGUAGCCAGAGAAAGACUGUUGUAAAACAAGCCCUUAACAGGAGAGGGGCUCGGCUAUAGCCAGCCUUUAAAAAGGAAGGCAGUCAGGUUUUAUCAGUUGGGGUGAAGAAAUGAGAAACAGGAGCACAAAGAAACUAAGAGAGUCACCUAGUCCAAGCAGUGUAGAGGGGGAGAUCACCUACUGCAGCGCCAUGGCUGACCCAAAGCUGGCUGACCCAAAGCUGGCUGACCCAAAGCUGGCUGAACUAAGAGACAGCAUGGCAGAUUUUACAGUUCAGACGGCCAAGCACUCCAACCCUCCAAUCUCCUCCACUCCCCUGCGUCCACCCAGCGAACAGCAGUCCAAGGACCGGGCCUCCAAAAGGCUUUCCUCCGAGUCCAACGGGACCAGCGAGGGUGGGGCAGGGUCGCGGACGCCCGUGGAGAUAACCGCACUGGAGGAGUCAUUCCGGCGCUUCGCCAUCCACGGCGACACGCGUGCCACAGGAAAGGACAUGCAUGGCAAGAACUGGUCCAAGCUGUGCAAGGACUGCGGCAUCAUCGACGGAAAAACUGUCACCCUCACGGACGUGGAUAUCGUCUUCACUAAAGUCAAGAAGAAAUCCUGUCGCACCAUCACGUUUGACGAGUUCAAGGCAGCGGUGGGAGAGCUGGCCAGCAAGAGAUUCAAGGAGAAAACGGGAGAGGAGGCGGAGGGGGAGGUCUUCAGGAUGAUUGAGGGGAAGAAACCGGUCAUUAAAGGAGUCACAAGAGCGGUGGCUUCUCCGACCGUGUCUCGUCUGACGGACACGACCAAGUUCACUGGGUCACACAAGGAGCGUUUUGACGAGAGUGGCCGUGGGAAGGGGAAGGCAGGUCGCGUGGACAUGGUGGACACAUCGGGGUACGUCGCAGGAUACAAACACCUCGGGUCGUACGAGAAGAAAGUCACCAAGCCCACCGGGCCCCCUGGAGCUGGGCCCCCUGGAGCUGGGCCCCCUAGAGCCGGGCCCCCUGGAGCCAAACCAGUGUGAGGAAAGUAGAAAGAAAGAAACAAACAGAAACAUAAGACCAACUACUAGGAUAAUAAUUUUAUAAAGAAAGAACUCCAUGAAAGCACAACAAAAAGAUAGGAUUUCAUAUUUUCUCACCCAUCUUGUUUUCUUUUGCGAGUGGGAUGUUUUGAGUUCCUCUCUUUUUUGUUAUGUGUGAGAACUGGAAAACUGUUUACAUCAAUUUUUACAGCUGGUACAUUCCUAACAGAUAGCAAGUUACUGCCAAAUGUUAAAAUGAGCCCACCAACCAACAAGGGAAACCAACUGUUUUGCUCUGUAUAUUUUGAAACCUCUUUAUUAUGAUAGGGCCUUCACAUAUGUAUUAUAAGCACUAUGAAUAACACCAUGCCAAGAAAAACAAAUAACAGGGAAGAAAGGGUUCGCCAAAUUAUUUAACAAGAUUGCACUUUGCUUUAGAUAGGCCAUAGCUUCUUUUCCCAUUUUUAGUUGAAGAAAUACAUCCUUAAUUUCAUACUUUUUAGUUAAUUGAAUGUUUAUUGGCAUAAACUGGUGAAGUAGAUAUACUGGUAGGUUGUUAUAUUGAUCAAACCAUCUUCAAUAUCAACGUUCUGUCUUUCCGCUGGUCAAUGAAGUCUGCUGUAUGAGUCUUCAUCUACUGACUGUCUGUCCUCCUUUAUACUUCAUCAUAGUUUACACAUAUUGACGACUACAUAGUUUGCCUUCAAUUGUUCUUAAAAUAACUAAACCUUCAACAGGAUAUGUAGAAGUUCUGUGUCUUCCUGUCUUUAGCUACGUAUAUCAUAUGAAUGAUGACAUUUUAUUUUUGUUCAUUCUACUGUCAGAUAUGAAGUUUGUUAUCUAUGAGUCUUAACUUCCCUUUCUUGUGAAUCUUGCUUUUAGAAACGUUCUGUGAAGUUAUAUCGGUACUGUACCUUAUGUAUUUACAACACAAGGAGAAGAACAAUGCUAGAAUGAUUUGAUAUCCUAAGGACACGUCUUGUGUGGUUCAUUCUGAAACCCUCAUCAAUUAUUUACACCCAACAUAUUAAAUAAGAUAAUAGGUAAAUGACCCUGAAAUGAUUAUCUGUAAUCAUUCAUCUAAAUCACACCCCGGUUUGAUAACGCUCCAUAGUUUGUUCACACUAUGUGGGCUGUAUUAGCUGGAGCUCUGAAACUAAGAGGUGAGCUGGGUUGUUCAGGUUUGUAUUUUUCAAUAUUUAACUGAUAUGAUAUUGCCAUCAGAUUUCUAUAGUUGUAAUAUAUUGGUGGUAAGAGUGUGUAUAUUUCUAAACAUGUGGCCGCAUGGCUUCAUUUAAGACACUGACUGCGUUUCUGUUUUUCUUGUCUUGCUGUAUCUUAUGCAUGAAGUAAUGGAAUGCUACUACUUUACCAUUAACAAUAGGAAACAGACAACAUAUUUCAGAUGUCUCAUUUUAACUGCUGUGUUAGUGACUCAGUUAUAGUGACUUGCUCUGCUGCUACGUUCUGUCAGAGUAGUCAGACCAAUGGAAUUAAAACUAAAACAACUUCACUUUGACAAGAGGACCAAGUUGUGGUUAAAUUGUGAGUGUACAGAGACCAUAGAGAUCCUGUAAAUUACUAUGUAUAGACUAAGAAUAUCAAAGGGGACGUUUGUGGCCAAGGAGUUGGCUGACAUUAUCAGGUAAUAUUAUCAUUGACCGUAGAAAAAUCUAUAGCUUGGUGGAACCAGCCUGAUCGCUGCUUUCACUAUGAAAUAGAAUGAUGAACCAGCCUGAUCGCCACGCGUUCACUAUGAAAUAGAACCAUGAAAUAGAAUGAUGAACCAGCCUGUUCGCUGCGUUCACUAUGAAAUAGAACCAUGAAAUAGAAUGAUGAACCAGCCUGAUCACUACGUUCACUAUGAAAUAGAACCAUGAAAUAGAAUGAUGAACCAGCCUGAUCGCUGCUUUCACUAUGAAAUAGAACCAUGAAAUAGAAUGAUGAACCAGCCUGUUCGCUGCGUUCACUAUGAAAUAGAACCAUGAAAUGGAAUGAUGAACCAGCCUGAUCACUACGUUCACUAUGAAAUAGAAUGAUGAACCAGCCUGAUCACUACGUUCACUAUGAAAUAGAACCAUGAAAUAGAAUGAUGAACCAGCCUGAUCGCUGCGUUCACUAUGAAAUAGAACCAUGAAAUAGAAUGAUGAACCAGCCUGAUCACUACGUUCACUAUGAAAUAGAAUGAUGAACCAGCCUGAUCACUACGUUCACUAUGAAAUAGAACCAUGAAAUAGAAUGAUGAACCAGCCUGAUCACUACGUUCACUAUGAAAUAGAAUGAUGAACCAGCCUGAUCACUACGUUCACUAUGAAAUAGAACCAUGAAAUAGAAUGAUGAACCAGCCUGAUCUCUGCGUUCACUAUGAAAUAGAACCAUGAAAUAGAAUGAUGAACCAGCCUGAUCACUACGUUCACUAUGAAAUAGAAUGAUGAACCAGCCUGAUCACUACGUUCACUAUGAAAUAGAAUGAUGAA